CUCCGAAUGAGUUUGCUCUCUUCUGAAACAAACAUCUUGACUGUGUGGCCGCUUUUUUCGCGCAAUGGCGAACUCGACCCCGGAAUGUGCUCCUGAUGAAAUUGUUAACUCGUCCUACAACCCGCCCGUAAUUAUCGUCACAUUCAUCCUAGGGAUUGUUGGAAAUACGGUUGCUUUGUGGAUCUUUUGUGCUCAUGUGAAGUCCCGGAAACCGAGUAUUGUGUAUUCACUGAAUCUGAUGGUUGCGGACACUCUGUUAAUGUGCUGUCUACCCUUCCGAGCUGAUUAUUUUCUCCGAGGGAAGGACUGGAUUUUUGGUGAAGGACUGUGUCGACUGAACAUUUACAUGAUUUCCUUGAACCGGAUUGGCAGCGUCUUUUUCCUCAUGGUUAUUGCGAUCGAUCGUUACCUUAAGGUGGUUCAUCCACUCCACAAGGUAAACAAGAUCCCUACAAGGUGUGCGGUGAUGAUAGCCGGCGGUCUGUGGAUUGUAGCGGCGGCAAUUUGUUUGCACUUGCUGUUCGCCAAACAUGACUUCAAACAGCACAACGUGACAAACUGUGAGCCUUUCAGCAUUAACAAGGCUCUGAGUCCCACAGCAAUUUGGACAGACUUUAUUUUUAUAUUCUUUAAGUUUCUUUUGCCAGUUUCAGUUAUCCUCUUCUCUACGUCCUCCAUCAUCUGGAGGUUACGCCAGAUGGAAACUGGAAUGCGGGCUAAAUACAAGCGAACUGUGAAACUUGUGAUAGCCGUGGCUGCAGUUUUUGUCAUUUGCUUCUUGCCCACCAGUGUUGCUGUGGUCGCGGUUUUGGUCACUAAACUAAGAAGACCCUUCGACUGCAAGUCGUAUCACACAGCAGUGAAUAUCUUUUACAAUACGCUGUUUAUAACGUAUCUGAACAGUGUGGUCGAUCCCAUUGUUUACUAUUUUUCUACUUCGCAGUUUCAACAUGCUUUAGAGAAGGCUCUACUUUGUCUUAAUUUAAGCUCUUCCAGAUCAGCCACUGAACCCGGAACAUCCAAGGAGGAGCAGACUGUGGAUCAGCUAACGAGCUCUGUAAUAACAAUCUGAUCUUUCCCGCUCUGCGUGAACUAGAUGCAGAACAAAACAAAACUGAUAAUUGCGACCGAAAGCAGAAACUGAUGAAAUCUUAAAAUUUUGUGGAGGGUUAAAUCGAUCUUUACGAUCAAGUUCUGUAAUGCACUUCCCUUUCGGUAGAGAAUGAACUGUACCUUAUGUUCAGAAGUAAAUUUAUUUCAGAACUUGUUCAUUAAGAAAGUCUUCCUUUUUUUAAAGCAGUUGCCUCGAACUUUUCUAAUGCCAUGGAGCCUUUGAAUUAACCGAGGCGUCCGUGGACCCAAAGUUGGGAUCCUCUGCUUUAAAGGAAAGGGUCUAUGUAAUGUAUGAAUAUUUAAGAUUUCCUCUUUCCAUAUAAGCAAUUGCUUCCUCCGAUGACUGCAGCCUAUAUGUCUCGUUUGUAGCUAGCUUCUACCCGUUAUAGAGGGUUGGCUGACCAUCCAGAGCGAACUGCAGUAAUCUAUUCACCCAAGAACAACCCUACCUGUGGACUUCCAGUCAGGAGGAAAGUGAUGUCAGGAGUUGCUGGGAUGGUGCCAAACUGCAUGCACCCAAAUCCUGAUGGUACUGGAAACAAGUUACUGGACUUUUUUAAAAAAAGCCUCUCCUAGUGAACUGGAGACAGGAACUGAAGGUCAUUUUCAGUCAAGGAAAUUGAAAUCUGGAAUGGAGAAAAAAGGGUUAUCAGUAUUGAAUAAGGAUGAUCAGCAUUUACAAUAGAGAGGAGGAGGUAAUUCUUUAAUUAGAGGGUGGUGAAAUUGUAGAAUUCUUUGCCACAGUUGGCUGUGGAGGGUGUAUUUAAAGUGGAGGUUGAUGGGUUCUUGAAUAGUCCAGACAUCAAAGGUUUGGGAAUGAAGCAGGAGAAUGGGGUUGAGAAGAAUAAUAAUCAAUGAUGAUGGAAUGAUGGAGCCGAAUAGAUGGCCCAGUUCUGCUCCUAUGUCUUAUGGGUGUCAAUGAAGUUACCAGAGUAUUGUAAGAAACUCUCUGCUAUAUACUAAUGUUAAAAUAAUUUUGCAAAACGUUUAAUGCAACCUAUCAAUUCUCUAAAUUUUGCUGUACAUGGAACUUCAUAUCUGAUAAUU